AUGUUGUCUGAUCUAUUAUUCUUUUCAUUGACUUGGAUAUACCAUAAUCAGAAGACCACCCUUGUACUGUUGGUGGGAUUUAUCCUUAUUUAUCAUCUCGUAGUAAUUCCAUACUACACCUCUCCCCUUCGAAAUGUCCCUGGUCCAUACAUACAUCGAAUCUCCAGGAUUCCUGCUUUGUACGCGCAGCUCACGCAUCGUUGGGUUCAUAGGGUACACGAAUUACAUCAAAAGUAUGGAGACGUGAUUAUUCUCUCGCCCACUGAGAUAAGCUGCAAUGGUGAUCCAAAGUAUAUCACUGACAUCUAUGUCAAGAACAUGCCCAAGGCAAAGUUCUACGAGAACUUUCGAUGCCACGGAUUCAAGGAUAAUAUUUUUGCUGCCCUCGAGAAUGAUCUCCAUCUCAAAUACAAGAAACUCAUUCAAAGUCUCUAUCUCAAGACUGCCGUGUACAGUCAGAACAAUCCUAUAAGAAGAUUCAUCGUGGAAAAAAUAAAAAACGUGGUUCAAGAUGUCAACGAUACAUCUGUCACAGGGCAAAAGCCAGACUGGGAACACGCAAGGCUGACGGCCAAUUCUCAUGGGAAAGGACACAAAUUGGGCACUGGGGCUUGGUUUAAACCUGAUGUUUCACAAGGUGGUAUUGGAAUGGAAAUGUAUUCUUUGUUUGGAGCGCUCGCGAUGGAUGUCGUCUCUGCUUUCGAGUUGGGUGUUCAGAAUUGUACAAAGUUGUUGCCAAAUAAGAGUGAACGUGAGAUCCUUGUGCCCCAUAGGAUGCAAGCCGGAAUGACUUUCUGGACCACACUUAUGCCCCGCUUCUGGGAAUUGGCGGCCGGGCCUAUCGUUUGCGCUGCCUCUGAAAGAAUCGAACAAUGGCAAUUAGCCUUGUAUGCUAGAGCGGAGGACAACGUACCCGAAAAGCAUCCAUCACAAAAUUUAAGCACCUUGGAAACCCUCAAAAGUAAAGGCUUACAGGGAAAAUCUGCAUAUUCAUUCAUCUCAGACAAUAUCUUUGCUGGUCAUGAAACAACUGCAGUGAUGUUAACAUACAUGUGCUACGAGCUCUCUAGACCAGCCAAUUUGCAUAGACAACUCCUUUUGAGAAAGGAGCUCAGAGAAGCUUUUGGCACUCCAGGUUCUCUAGAAGAAGCCAUUGAUGACUUCGAAGCAGUUGACCAAUUGACUUACCUUGAAGCGCUCAUGCAAGAAAACCUUAGAGUCCACGCAGCAAUUCCUGGUGCUGAGCCUCGUAUCACUGACAAGAAUUACACUGUCAAUAUCAAAGGAAAAUCUGUUGUCAUUCCGCCUGGAACUGGUAUAUCCUGUCAGCCAUUUUCGAUGCACAGAGUCGCAAGUGUCUUUCCUAAACCAGACACUUGGCUACCAGAGAGAUGGUUGCCGGAAGAACAAGAGACUUCUGAACAAUUCAAGGCGCGCUAUCAAAGAAUGCAACGCAAUAUGUUUGCAUUUGGCAAAGGGAUUCGCAUGUGUUUGGGUAUGCAAAUCGCCUUGAUCGAUAUGAAAUUGGCCUUGGCUAACUUGUACUGGCGGUACUCACUGGCUAUCUGUGAAGACUGGUGUAUUCCUGAGGAUAGUGGUGAUGCCAAAAUCGCCUCUGAGAUCGCAAUGAAUACAUACCCAAUCAAUGAUGGUCAAGAGGUAAAUAUGAUGGCUAUGGCUGAUGGAUAUACUACGCGCCCUAAUUUUGAUGAAUGCUGGCUUCGCUGGACCACUGUCGAAGAACUUUAA